GGGCGAAAGUUUUCAAUUCUAGGCCUUUUGGGAGAAGAAACAUGUUAUAAUGCCUUUAUUGAUGGAACUGUGGUGAUUUUCAGAUUGGCACCACAGGAUUAUCAUCGUUUUCAUGUUCCAGUUUCUGGAAUAAUUGAGAGAUUUGUAAAUAUUCCUGGAUGCUUAUAUACGGUUAAUCCUAUUGCUGUCAAUAGCAAAUAUUGUAAUGUUUUCACAGAGAACAAGCGAAUUGCAACAAUUAUUUCUACGAGAGAAUUUGGAAAGGUGGCAUUUGUGGCAAUUGGAGCAACUAUGGUUGGUAGUAUUACCUUCUUAAGAAAUGAGGGUGACCAUGUGAGAAAGGGCGAUGAGUUCGGGUAUUUCUCGUUUGGUGGGAGCACAGUGAUUUGCAUCUUUGAAAAGGACGCUAUCCAGAUUGAUGAGGAUCUCCUGGCUAAUAGUGCCAGAUCGUUGGAAACUUUGGUUUGUGUUGGGAUGAGUUUGGGUGUCUCAACAAGGAAGCAAGCUGAACAAGUAUCGUUGAACUUGGAAAAUUGUGUUUUAGGAGCCUGAUGAGCCUGUAUCAUGUGCGAGGUAGUGUAUUUGGUAAAUUACUGCACAUUUGGUCCCCUGCUUUUGGCCCAGCCAUUUGUUUAGAAAUUUAUACUAUCAAAAGAUAGAGUAUUCCAAUUAGCACCUAUUCCGUAUCAAAUAACACAUUUUAUAAGGAAUGCAUUUGUAAAUAAUUUCUUCAAUUUGAACUAAAUUAUGAAUUUCAAAAAUAACUUGUGGAA